CAUACCAGAGCACAUUCAGUUUGUAAUUGGCGGUUGCUACCAGCACGUGUUGACUUGUAUCGCUCCAGUUUUGUGUACUCAGUGAGAUAUCUGAGUCUUUAUCUAUAUAAUUUUUUUUUUUUUUCAUUAUACUUCUCAAAUUAAUUCUUCGACUAGCAGUGUCCUAGUUCAGUUCAUUAGGAAUCAUGAUGUCUACCUGGCGGUUCCUCUUCUUCCUUAUGAACUUCUUGAUUGCCUACCAAGGUAAUGACGCCCAACCGAAGGCGGGAGCUCCAUUUAAAAAAUGCUGCGACCUGGGAACUUCUUGGGCAAAAGAAGGGCUGAGGUGCGAGAAAUUUGCAGGACCUGUCGAAGGUGUGCCGACAGCUGAGCAAGGGCUUUGUCUGGAGUCUGUUGACAUCUGCUGCAUUCGCGCUUAUCAUGAGUUGAGUUGCGGGAAAGGGAAGAAAAACGCACGAGAAGGAAAAGCUUGCGUUGAUGGUAACGCAGGUAAAUCGAGAAUUGCCAGAUCUCUGGGAGAUUAUCAACGAGACUGCUGUGAAGGAUGUAAACUUGGCAUCCUCACGGGGUCUUUGGGACAAGGAUGUGCGUUAAAUGAUUUUUCAUUUGGCAACCCCUGGGAUCCAGCUUUUCUUGAGUGUUGUCGGGAAACAUCAACGACUACUCCGGCUUCAACUUCUUCUAAAACAGAAGCGACGACCAAAUCAACUCGCGAUGACAAUCAUAAAAUUACUGGCACCACUAAAUCGAUGACUUCAUCCACGAGUUCAAGUUCAAGAUCGAGUGCUUUGUCUACUGAAGAAAGCUCGGAUUCGACGGAUUCAUCGUUGACUGACACUUUGGAUGAUGGGAUACCCACACCUCCUGUUGAUGACAUUUGUCAGCUACUUAAGAAUCUUCUCUGCUCGCAUAUCUGCGUCCCCACUCCGGGGUCUUAUUACUGCGAAUGCCCAGAAGGAUACGUUCUUCUAGAAGAUGAACAGACUUGCAGAACAGAUACUCCAAUAAAUCGAUGUGAAUCAGACAACCCGUGCGAGCAUCGUUGCACCGACACAGGGACAGCAGUAAAAUGUGAAUGUGACCCAGGAUUCGAACUAGCCAAAGACGGUCACUCAUGUCAACUGAAACCCACACAAGUUAUUACCAGUACUCCGAAGCCCCGAGACAAGUCGAAGGAUAAAAAAAAACCCAGAUGUCCUCCUGGUUAUCGAUUUAACGCAAGUGUUCGCGUUUGCGACGACGUUGACGAGUGUCUGGAAAACCCUUGCCGGGCGCGGGAAAAAUGUGAAAAUGUCGUGGGGUCUUAUGUUUGUGUCUCCAAAAAGAGGGGAUCGAAAUCAAAGUUCAAGACUCAGGAGAUCCAAGAGAUCCAGUUUGAUUUUAAGGAAUCCUGCCCUCCGGGUUAUCACUGGGAUAAACAAUUUCAAGUUUGCUCUGAUAUCGAUGAAUGCGCAAGUGAAAUAAAUAUUUCCCCAUGUCCAAUAGACACUCAUUUUUGUGUUAAUACUGAAGGAAGCUAUGCCUGUCAUAAACUUACAGAAUCCAAAGGUUGUCCAGCAGGAUUUAAAUUCAAUGUUACCAAAAAAAUAUGCCAAGACGUUGAUGAGUGCGUAGAAGGCCUUCACGGCUGUCUCCCCGAAGUCGAGGAAUGCAGAAACACUGAGGGGGCUUACGAGUGUGACAUCCAAUGUCGUAAAGGUUUCACAUUCAGCCGCAGCUUGGGAAUAUGCGUCGAUAUAAAUGAGUGCGAGGAAUUAUAUCCUUGUCCGAGCGACAAACCCAUUUGCAUAAAUCUUCCUGGGACUUAUCAGUGCGCAGGACGGUAUAGUAAAGAAGAGGAGUUUGAUGAAGCAAAAAAUUUAGACGAUGAUGAUGAUGAUGAUGAUAAUAAUGACGAUGAUGAGAACGAGAACGAGAUAGCGGAUGAACGUCAGUAUGAGGCAGCCAGCAAAAUAGAGGAUAGUUAUUUAGUUAAUGAUGAAAAUAAAUCAUCAGUCGGUCCAGUAUCGUCGCAAUUGGUCGCGGCAUGCGAACCAGGAUACCAGUGGAUCGAUAAUAAUUGUUUUGACGUGAAUGAAUGCACCGAGGGACCAGGAUGUCAAGAUCAUGAACGCUGUGUAAAUCGUCUUGGUGGUUACGACUGUUUGCCGCUUUGCAGCACGGGCUGGUACUUUGAUCGCACAAGCAAACAGUGCCGUGACGUUGAUGAAUGUCUUCUAGGUAGACACGAUUGCUCCCAAGACACUCAAGUUUGUCGCAAUACUAAUGGCUCGUAUGUAUGCGAUGAAAUUCCUUCGUGUCUACCGGGAUUCCGUCGUGCCUUUAAUGGCACUUGUGUUGACAUUGAUGAGUGUAUUGAUAAACUCCACAAUUGUCCGCUGCAUUUACACCAGUACUGCGUUAAUCGUGUAGGUACUUUUGAGUGCGUUACUCGUCUGCCCGAUUGCACUGACGGGUAUAGAUUUUCUGUCAUCAACAAGAGGUGUGAAGAUAUUGACGAGUGCAGCACAAAGUCCCCGUGCGAUACAAGACUUCAAGAGCGAUGUGUUAAUUUACCUGGGUCAUAUCGCUGUGACAGGUCUAUUCCCAUGGCGCAAAUUCCGAAGAGACGUCCAGCCUGUCCUUCGGGAUACAGAUAUGACUCUAAAUCACGUCAAUGUGAAGAUAUUGACGAAUGUGCGGAGAAAGUGAACUUGUGUGGAGCAGAAGUAUGUUACAAUCAACCAGGUGGUUAUACGUGUGCUCGAGCACCUACACCGAUAACUGAACCAACAACUCAAGAGGACAGCGAAAUUCAAUCAACCGUAAUGCCAAAUGAUCCUCAAACCUGUUCAGAAGGACUCAAGUACGCAAGAAAUCGUGGCUGUGUGGACAUUAACGAAUGCGAAGAAGUUGAAGACGCUUGUAGCAGCAACGAAGAGUGUGUAAAUACUGUUGGAAGUUACACGUGCAACUGUCGGAUAGGUUUUCGACGAGAUAAUUUAACUCAGGCGUGUGUAGAUAUAAAUGAAUGUCAGCUGCUGGAAAAUGAUUGCCUGCCAACUCAACGAUGCGAUAACACACUUGGUAGUUACAACUGCGUGAGAUUUUUACCCUGCGGAACUGGUUACACAUUGAAUGCCGCAACAGAAAUAUGCGAAGACGACGACGAGUGUAUUCUUGGAACCCACGAUUGCAGUGACGGGUAUCAUUGUCGUAAUACACUUGGGUCUUAUCGUUGCGAUAGAAAUCUAAGAGGUCAAACAUGGACGACAAGACGACCACCCGUAACAUCAACUGCUUUAACAACAACAACGACGACGAUGACAACAACAACAUCCACAUCUACAACUACAACUCCGAGACCAAGACCAAGACCACGACCAAGAACAACACAAUCACCAGCAGAAGAUACACCAACAAGAGAUACGCCAACAAGAGAUACACCAACAAGAGUUAAACCAACAAGAGUUACGCCAACAAGAGUUACGCCAACAAGGGCUACACCAACAAGAGCUACACCAUCACGAUCAAGAGUAACACCAACAUUACCAGAUGAUACUAGAACAACAGCAGUAACAUCAGCAAAUACACCAGUAAUUGGAUCACGUAAUAAACCAGAACCGCCUUCCUGUCCACGUGGAUUUGAAUCUGGACCAAGUGGUCAGUGCAUUGAUAUCGACGAAUGUUACGGGCCAUCGAAUCCGUGUGCCCGUUCACCUCUUCAGCGAUGCGUAAAUACCGUAGGCUCUUAUCGCUGCGUCUCACGAGUGAUUUGUGGAGCCGGAUGGACCCUGGAUCCUGCAACAUCGCGGUGCGUUGAUCUAGACGAGUGCGCUACGGGCACACAUGAAUGCGGACCGGAUCAAACAUGUGAGAACCGACAAGGCGGAUAUUUGUGUUCUUGCCCAGCUGGACAUGCACUCGGACCGAAUCGAGAGUGCAUCGACAUUGACGAAUGCAGUAUAUUCAAUGGUAAUGUCUGCGGGAGCAGUGGACGCUGUGAAAAUACCGUUGGAUCAUUUCGCUGUGUCUGCGACGCGGGUUUCGAGAAAUCUUCAAAAGGAAUUGCCUGUCAGGAUAUCAACGAAUGCGAAAGAAGUCCAGGAAUAUGCCAGCACAACUGCCUCAACAUUUGGGGCAGCUAUCGAUGCAGUUGCAAGCCCGGGUAUCGGCUCAAUGCCGACAAUAGAUCUUGCGUUGACAUCGACGAGUGUACCGAGUUCCGAGAAAACAAUCUCUGCAUUGGUAUUUGCGACAAUACACCCGGUAGUUACUCUUGUCGUUGUCCUGAUGGUUACAGACUCGGUAGCGAUGCCAGAACUUGUCAAGACAUUGAUGAGUGUGCCAACGGACGCAUGUGUCGUGAUCCUGAAGAAAUCUGUCAGAAUACACGUGGCAGUUUUCGCUGUAAUAAAAUUGAUUGUCCAUCCGGUUAUCACCAGGAUCCCACUCGACAGAAUCGAUGUGUCCGCUCAUCUCGGUACUGCCCAAGCGGUGAUCUCGCUUGUUUCCGAUCGCCUUCGCACUUUUCCUUCAACUUCAUCACCUUCGUCAGCAUGCUCCCACUACCAGCAACAGGCCAAUUAGAAUUAUUUACAAUGCGCGGCACUCACUUACCCGGGUCAGUUAUCAGAUUCAGCAUGGCGUUGAUUGACGCUCGUGCACCACCGGGAAUAAUGCGCGCCACCGAAUCCUGCUUCGCUCUAAGGCGGCCGAGUCCUUCCCAAGCGGUGCUGGUGCUCACCCGCAGCCUUCCUGGACCGCAGGACAUCGAGCUGGACCUCAGCAUGGAGAUUUACCACAACAACGCUUUCGCCGGCAGCGCAGUAGCUAAACUCUUUAUUUUCGUAACUCAGUAUGAAUUUUAAAUGACUUUUUAAUUAAUGCUAAGUAAGAGUAAGAGUAAGAGAUAAUUAUUUAAAUAACAAACUCUCUGUUAACUAUUUGAGAUCGUUGUAUUUGUAACGACAGCCUCGCUGCGUUAAAGUACACGUGUGAAUUAUUUUAUUUUUUUCAUGUACAUGAUGCGAAAAAAAAAAUGUUAUGUAAAAAAAAAAGAUAAUUAAUCAACUAUAAAUAAAUAUACUUGAUAACAAUCGACGUGUACAUACAUCUAAAUCAGUAAAUUUUGUACACUUAAAUAAGAUUAUUAUAUAAUCUGAUAAAUUGUGCAAACAUAAAUUUUUUUUUUCACAAUAUCACCUUAAUAAUUCAAUAACAAACAUUACAAAAUGACUUGCUAAAUAAUUAUUCCAAUAAUAAUAUUAAUUAAAAAUAAUAAUAAUAAUAAUGAUAAUAAUAAUAAUAAUAAUUAAUGAUUAUAACAAAUCACAGCAAUAACAACGUUUAAAAAAAAAAAAUCUAGUGGCCAGAGUAUGAAAUUUUUAGUGUGAAUGUAACUGACGGCAAUUUUCAAAUUUUGAAAUAAAUAAAUAAAAUGUGAGUAGAAUAAUAAUUAAAAAAUGCGUAUUUAGAUCAAUGAGAAACCCGUACGCGGAUUUUUAAAAAUUUCAUUAUUUUUAUCAAUUAAUUUGCUUAUUUAAAAUUUAUGAAUUGUCUCACAUCUGGUACACUCACACUCAUAACUUUCUCUGUGUUGAGAAAAAAAAUUUAUAUACGAUUUGGUCAUAAAAAAAUUAAAUUUCUCAUCAUCAAAAUAUAUAACUUGUACUAAUAAAAAUAUAACCAUUGAGGAAUAUCGAAAAAUAUAUGUAUAUAUAUAUA